AUGUACCUCUGUGACUCCACAUUGUGGAAACUCACUGUGUAUAAGAUGAUAGAUGGACCCAUACUCGAUCUGCCGCCGCCGGUCCCUUCUCCGCCAUCUUCCGUCUCAGUUCCUCGGCACGAAGCGGUCGUUUGGCUCUUCUGGAUCGUCUUCUUGUUCUGGAACAAGGCGGCGUCACUCAGGAAAGCUUCUGCUUUAAACCAAUUGCUGUUCCUGAGCAACAACGACGAUAUACUAAUUGCAAGAAAAUUUAAAGCAUUAGGUGACAAAACCGAAUGGGCUUUGGUUGUAUUAAAUAUCUUGGAACACUUCACAAUUGGAAGGUCUUCCAUUGCUGCGGCAACAUAUCUUGCUUGGAUUCUUAACCUUGUAAGUGGAGACUAA